AUGAAACACUUGUAUACUCUUUCUCUGAGAAACAACAAUCUAUCAGGAGAAUUUCCAAAAGCAUGGAGCCUGUUGCCUGAUAUUAUGAUUGUAGAUGUUGCAUACAAUAGUCUCUCAGGCAAUCUUCCCAGUUCAAUGGGUGACUCAGGUUCUCUUUUCAUGUUGAAGAUGAACAACAACAAUUUCGAGGGUGAAAUUCCUUUUUCCUUGCAAACCUGCACUUCUUUGAGGAAUAUUGAUCUUGGGAAUAAUAGAUUCACUGGUGAAAUACCUCCAUGGAUAGGAUCAACUGCUUUCUUGGUGUCAACCCUAAGGCUGAGAUCUAAUUUUUUAAGUGGACAUAUCCCACAACAGCUGUGCAAUCUUGGCUACCUUCAUAUCCUAGACCUUGCUCACAACAGCUUUUCCGGAACAAUCCCCAAGUGUUUGAACAAUCUCACUAGUCUCAGAAUCUUUAAUAACAGUUUUUAUAUUUUAUAUCUAGCGUAUGACCAACAAACAACAGUGAUGAGAGGAAGAGAACUCCAAUUGAACACUUCUCUAGCGUAUGUAAAAAGCAUUGAUCUUUCAUCAAAUAGGUUUCAAGGUGAAAUCCCUCAAGAAAUAUGCAGCCUCGUUCUAUUGAACAGCUUGAACUUGUCGAUGAAUCAGUUCAGUGGAAACAUCCCAUCAAAGAUCGGAAACUUGUCGCAGCUCGAUACUCUUGAUCUCUCACUCAACCACCUUUCAGGACACAUUCCUCAAAGUCUUUCAUCCUUGACCUUCUUGUCUAACUUGAACUUGUCCUAUAACAACUUGAGUGGUGAAAUUCCUUUGGGAAACCAACUCCAAGCACUCCCUGAUUCAUCCAUUUAUGAGGGCAACCCAUUCCUUUGUGGAUUUCCUCUUUCAACCAAGUGCUCCGAAGAUGGCAAUUCUACUCCCAAGGAUCCAAAAGACAAUGACAGUGAAGAUGGAAAUGAGAAGUUCUGGUUCUAUGUAAGUAUGGCACUCGGUUUUAUCGUUGGCUUUUGGGGUGUUUUCGGCACAUUAAUUGUGAAGAAGUCAUGGAGGUACGCUUAUUUUCGAUGGUUUGAUGACAUCAAAGAUAAGGCAACACUAUUUUUGCGUCGCUUGGUUUGCCAAGAGUGA